AGACACCGUCUUCUCCAGGACCCUGCCAUGAGUGCUUCCUUAUGGCCAAAGGAGAUAGCGCUCUGGCCAGGCAAAGGGCUCUGGGCUGGGACAGAGACCCAAGUUAAUGUUUGGCUUUGCCACAAUGUGCUGUAUGACUUUGGGCAAUUGUUUAACAUCUCCAGGCCUUGAAAAAGGGCAAGGAUGGACCUCGAUAAGCUAAUGUCUUGUCUAGUUUGAAAAGUCUGAUCCUGAAGAUCCCAUUGCUUUCCUGUUUCCCACCCAGUCCUUUGCUUGGCCACCACCUACAGCCUGUGCAGCGAAGGAGAACUGCUUGUACACAUUUUGCUAGGUCCUCUCUCCUUCCCCAUCAUAACUGAAUGGAAAAGGAGAGAGUUGGGGCUAUUCUGAGUGAGUGCUUUUAGUGCUAGUAGCUACCAAGCUUUGAAAUGUGCAUCACUAUUAGGCCCACUUCCUGAAAACAGAUUUCUUUUAAGGAAAAAAUGUAUCAGUAAACUCUUAGCAUACAGAAUUUUUAUUUCAUCUGCCCCUGGGGCAAGAAUGGCAAUCCCUAGGCAGAAUUCCCUCAACAAAUAUUAGUGAGCAUCUUCUGUGUGCAGGGAUUCGGCAGAGAGGAGUAGGACAUGGUCACUGUUCUCAGCACAGAACCAAGGACUGAGAAUCCUUCCCCAAAGAGAAGGGCCCCUGACACCUUGGCAGGGGACAAAUGAGGGGAGAUGGGGUGGCCCUUUUGAUUCCAGAACCCACUUAGCUGAUUAUCUGGGAAUCCUCGAGAAGGUCUGGAACAGUUCCUGACCAGGGCAGGGUAGAGCUCAGUUCUAUCCUGUCCCUAAGAUCUGAUCUCCUGGUCCCUUUUGCUGUUCUGUCCAGCCAAAAGUAAAGAAGCCCCCUGGCCACCUUGGGCUGAGAUUACUUCCCCAGGUCACAUCAGCUCCCCCCAGAAGUCAAAGGACCUUGCGAGCAAACCAGGGUAUUCAAGCCCCCAGACUGCAGUCAUAGUUCCUGCCCCAGGGGCUGUGCUUAAGACGGGCUUACUGCAGGGCCCUGAGCCCAUCGAGAUGGGGUCUGCUCCCAUUGGGGCUGUGGCAGGCUGGAGUGUGGUGGGUACUCUGCUCGCACAGCCGGGCCAGGGCUAAAGGCACACAGUCCCUGCCUCCUUAGAAACUCACAGCCCAACCUCCCUUUACCCCCACAUUUGCAAGCACUCUGGGAAUGCGGCAGGGCCCCCUCCCUCCCUGGUGCUAUCCCUGCACCUGCGAGGUCUCUGUCACACACCACCUUCCUGAGACGCCCGGAGAGAGAAUUGAGCAGAAGAGCUUCAGCAUCCAAAACUCCACAACCCUGAAAGCCGCCAAAGCAGAACAUUUGGGUGAACGGGGACCCCUUCUAGGCCGGCCUGUUGGUGCUGCCGGGCGCUCCCUGUCCACUCGGCUGACAAAAAGCCUUAGGACGGUACCCAGUUCCCGAGAUUUCUGGUCAGAGAUGGCAGACUCAGCUCCGGGCUGGGGAGCAGAGGGUACCAGGCUCGCCCGGCUUUUUGGAAAAGCCGGUCGGUAGGGUCCAAGGACCUAGGUAGUAGACGCAGGGAGCCGACGUCCGCAUUCCAAAAGGGCGCCCCUUGGACGCGGAGGCUGGCAUCGUGAAGUGCAGGGAGUUCUGGAAGUGCUUCGGCUUCGACAGUCCCCGCAUGGGCCCCUCCCGCUCCUCUGAGCGUCUAAGGGCCAUAGCGGCCCUUCUCCACCACCGCCCUCAACAACCCUCGCGGAGCGGGUUACCGCCUGCCCGAGCCAGCACGCAUGAAGCGCGCCGCGCACGCUCCUGGAUCAGCGGCGGCCCCGCCCCUCGCCCGCCUUGGCCCGCCCCUUUCACCCUCCGGGGCGGGACUAAGCUCGGCUUCCGCCGGAAGUCCGGCGUCCAGCCGAAAAUCAGGCCCUGGAGCUGGGGGUCUUGGGUUCUGCGGCUGCCACAUCCAGCGCGCAGCUCUACCCUUGUCUCCGGCGCCCCAACUCAGGUUUUUCCCACCCACACCUUACGAGGUCCUAGGCCUCACGCCAUCUCCCACAAUCUAAUUCCAUCUGCAAAUUAGCGCAGAACCUGAAGCCAGAAAAGGAACCUAUUUCUGGCCUCACUUCCCACACUGUCCUGCGCGUCCGCCCGGGCCCCCACCGCCCGGACCAUGGCCCAGAAGCCGAAGGUGGACCCCCACGUCGGGCGGCUGGGAUAUCUGCAGGCGCUGGUCACGGAAUUCCAGGAGACGAAGAGCCAAGACGCCAAGGAGCAAGUACUGGCCAACCUCGCCAACUUCGCCUAUGAUCCCGGCAACUACCAGUAUCUGCGGCAGCUGCAGGUCCUUGAUUUAUUCCUCGAUUCGCUGUCAGAGGAGAAUGAAACCCUGGUGGAGUUUGCUAUUGGAGGCCUCUGCAACCUGUGCCCAGACAAGGCCAACAAGGAGCACAUCCUGCAGACAGGGGGCAUCCCGCUCAUCAUCAACUGCCUGUCCAGUCCCAAUGAGGAGACCGUGCUGUCUGCUGUCACCACGAUCAUGCACCUGACCUCACCAGGCCCCGGCUCCCACCCCGAGCUGACCGCUAGGCCUGUGGUCCAGUGCAUGCUGCGCUUCUCUCUCUCGGCCAACACGAGACUCCGGAAUCUGGCCCAGAUCUUCCUGGAAGAUUUCUGUUCCCCAAGCCAGGUGGCUGAAGCCCGCAGCUGGCAGGCCCAUUCUGCCCUGGGUAUCCCACUGCCAAGGACCGAGGCCCCAAAACAGCCCUGACUGAAGGAGACCUCAAGGCCACGGCACCCUUGCUAGAGACAAGACCACAAUCCUGGGGAUGGACUCAGCGUAGCCAAGCAGCAUAGCUUCCACUGAGCUGCUUCUCCCCAAGUGGGGCCUUUUCAGCCGCUUUAAAGGUGAGUCUCCUGAGUGGCAGGUAUUUACACUGCAGUGAAAGGCAUUAGGAGAUGCGUGAAGCAGGACUGAGAUGCGGAGAAGGAAACCCAAGGCAGUACCCUUUUCAUAGGUGAACUGCAGGUGAAGCUCCUGCCUCCUGACCUGGCCCACUGCCAGGCUUUCAGCCUCAUGUAAGGAGUAGCUGGGUCCCUACAUCUGAGGCUGUGCAGAAGAGGGUUCUCGGGAGCAGCAGCUGGGCCUGGGCCUUAGGGAACUGCUUGUGCUUGGAGAAAUAGGAGUUAUCCCAGAACAAAUUUUUGGAGUAGUUUGGAGGAAUAGAAAUGAGAAGCCUUGUUAAAACUAUCUUGGGGCUCUGGGAAGGUGACACACCCAUUUCAGAGCUAUGGGGGCUGGAUACCUGCCCUGCAAGCUCUCCAGUCUGGGCACUGGGUGUGGUGGACACCAGCCUGGAGAACUCUAUAGCCCAGGAUUAACCAUUUGUCCACAAAGGCUUAUCUGCCAGGCACCGUGUUAGGGCUUAGAAGACAAAUGAUGUUAAUGCAGUCAUCAGGAAUUAAGGCUAAGGCCAAGACACAUCAGAUUACAGGCACAAACCCUCGGAGCUGCGUCAUCCCCCCUCGCCACUCCAUGGUCUCUGCCUGAAAGCCCUGGCCCCCCUCCUCUGCCAUCAAGGUUAGAGGGCGUACCUGCCCUGAGAAGCACAGCUCAGGCCCAGGAUGGCUUCCAGGAUGCAGGGAAGAUGGGCUCAAGCGAGACCGAGGGUCAAAUACUGGUAUAAAGUGGGUGGCUCACAGCCCCCAGUGUACGCCCAUCAGCACAGGAGAGGUGGGACUCAUGGAAAGCUGGGGUCAGGAGUGACGGAGGAGGUUCUAUACUCCCUUAAGGUUGACCUCUUACAGGGCAAAGGGAAUGCAGAGUGAAAAAAAAAAGAAGUGAGAAAAGGUGUCUCCAGAAAUGGAGCAGAGACAGCCCUGCCCAAGGGGAGCUCCCACUCCUGGGCGCCCUGUGGGGACCGGCCCCCGGCUCCUGGGUGGCCCUGUGGGGUCGGACUCCCUGCUCCAGGAAGCGCUGUGGGGACGGGGGUCCCCGCACCUGGAUGAUGUGCGGGGACCGGCUCUCCACUCCCGGGCGGCCCCCGCUGCGCCCUCGCCCGUUGCCCACCGCCAGGUCGGGCCGCAGUGCUCCUCCGUACUGCUCGCGGGCGAGGGAACCAUGGCGCUCGUCCAGCGCCGCGUGCGGCUCCCCAGGGAAGCGGCGGCGGAAGUCGCGCUGGAGGCCGGCCUCAAAGUCUGCCCGCACGCCGUCCAUGUCCACCAGCACCCUCACGGGCUGUGAUCGCUGUGCCGCCAUC